AUGCUUCGGCCAGAUCUGCUGGAGGCAGGAGAGGCGAACGCACUGGUGGGCGUGAUUCUAUGGCUGGCGAAAACCAUCCUCGAAACUCGUCUACCCACCGGCGAGCUCGACGCGUGGCUUCAACGAGUUGGCCUCGCUGGUGCCAUCGGUGCACUCAAGUAUGAGGUCGAGAGGAUGAAGACGGUCGUCAACGGUGUCGGGGGCAGGGCGGUCGGGAACAAGCCGCUUGCCCGCUCCCUCGCUCGUGUCAAGGAGUUCAUGUAUGACGCUGACGACGUCGUGGAUGAGCUCGAUUAUUAUAGGCUCCAGCACCAGGUCGAAAGAGCCAUGAUUGCUCCUGCUAUUGAUCGGGACGGCAUGAUUGGAGAUCGAGCAGAGCAAGUAGAUGCAUCGGCCAAUACUUUUGGUAUGCUUGCUCCUGCUACUGAACCGGAAGGCAUGGUUGGACUUGGAGAUGGAGACAGGGAUAGAGAAGAACAUGCAGAUGCAUCGGCCAACAAUACUGGUACACUGAAUAAUAGCGGCCGCAAAAAUCAAUCCGAGGUGCGGGACUAUUUUCAGAUUAUACCAUCUGUUAACGGAGAGCCUGCAAAAGCGAAGUGCAAUUGCUGCGCCAGAGAGCUUACAUGGGGUCACGGGACAUCAGCUUUGCACAAGCAUCUCAAAAGUUGCAACAAAAAACGUUCAGCAAUUGAAGAGACGCCGAACCGUCCAAGUGUCGGCGACAGUGUACAAAAUGGUGCCACAAUUUCGACCUAUGAUUCAGAGGGCAGAAAAAGAAUGAGAAUUGAGUACAAUGUAGCUGCAACCACGCACUUUUUGAAAAGGAUCCAGGAAAUAGUUCUUGAGUUAAGAAGCAUCCGACACGAUGUGAUUGAGUAUCUCAAGGACUCUAUUGCAAGGCCUGAUCAGUAUCAGAUUAACAACUCAGAUACACGAGUAAGAACAUCAAGCUCUCUUCCUGGAAAGGUAUAUGGAAGGGGUGAGGAGAAAGCCAAAAUCAUAAGGGCGAUCGAAGCUGCUACGUCGGACAACAUUACUGUGCUACCUAUUGUAGGCAUUCUAGGAGUUGGGAAGACAGCUUUAGCUAAGCUUGUAUACAAGGAUCCACGUGUUGAAAGAAAAUUUGAGCAGAUAUGGGUUUGGGUGUCCAACAUCUUUGAUGAAUUUCUACUUGUUCUAGAUGAUGUUUGCGACUGCAUGGUGAAUUCCCUAUGGAAAGAUCUAUUGGAUGCUUUGGGAUCAAGUUGCACAAAGGGUAAUGUGAUUAUUGUGACAACUAGGAAUUUGUCCAUUGCAAAAAGGCUAGGUACAAUCAAACCAGUUGAAUUAAGAGCUCUAGGAAAUAAUGCUUUUUUGCAAUUGUUUAGAGCUUGUGCAUUUGGUGAUAACAAUUAUAAAGAGCAUCUAGACACCAGCCUACAAAUAUGUGCGAAGUUAAAGGGAAACCCAUUAGCAGCGAAAAGUGCAGUGGAAAUGUUAAGAGAGCGGCCUACUCUUGACCAUUGGAAAAACAUCAUUAAGAAUGGUAUAUGGGAAUCUCUGCAACUCCGUGGAGGCAUCGUGACUGCUUUGAAGAUUAGUUAUUAUCAGUUGCCAUACAGUUUACAACAAUGUCUCUUGUUUUGUUCUAUAUUUCCGAAUGGCUAUUUGUUCCAUAUUGACAAUUUGGUUCACAUGUGGAUAUCGUCGGGAUUUGUGAAAUCUGUUGAGGCAGGACAAGAUUACCUCAAUGCUCUGGUUAACUCAUGUUUCCUUGAGCAGGUUAUUAUAACAGACUUCAUUAUACUUGGCCAUAAAAAAAGCUAUGUUAUGUGUGGAGUGAUGCAUGAAUUUGCAAGACUGGUUUCAAGGGCUGAGUUUGCAACUAUGGAUGGUUUAGAGUGCAAAGAAGUUCUACCAACCGUACGCCAUUUUUCAAUCCUAAUUGAUUCUGUGUACCAUGAAGAUGAAUGUGGGAUCAUACUUCAUAAUGGGAAGUUCGAAGAAAAAUUGAAGAAUAUAAUUUCUUUAGUGAGAGGAUUGAGGACAUUGAUCUUAAUUGGGGAUUAUGACUCUUUAUUCUUCCAGUCCUUCCAAACUUUCAUCUGUAGUUUGGAAAAUUGUGCCCAUCUUCGCUUCCUAAAACUUGAGAACAAAUGGAGCAAUGAAGCUUUGCCUAUAUCUCUGAGCAAUUUUUACCAUCUUGAAGUAUUACAUGUUGGACAACCACUUAAUGUUGAUGGUAUUUGUGAUCUUGUCAGCAUGAGGAAUCUUAUUCUAACAAAGGGAGCCUUCGGUGCUUGCUCCCCAGCAUGGUCUGCUUGUUUGCAGAAGAUUCAUCUAGAGGAUUGUAAAGGAUGGGAAAUACUACCAUCUCUAGAAAGUCUAUCAUCUCUUACGAAGUUGAAGUUAAGGAAUAUGCCAGAAGUAACGGAGUUGUCAAUUCCUUCACUUGAGGAACUGGUGUUGAUUGAUAUGCCAAAGUUAGAUAGAUGUUCCUCCAGUUCAGUGAGGGACUUGAAUUGUAGUUUGAGGGUACUGGAGAUCAGGAGAUGUUGGGUACUGAAGGCCUUUAUCCUCUUUGAGAGCUGUGAAAAUUUUGAAAUCGAGCAGCACUCAUGGUUGCUGCAUGGAAAUCCCUAUGGCGCAUCGACAAGGCCAAACAAACUCCAGCGGAUUCCAUCUAACCUCAUACCCUCUCUCAAGAAGUUGUCCAUUACAGGUUGCAAGCUAAAGUUUCUGGGGAACAAGGAAUGCUUCUCUGGAUUCACCUCCCUUGAGAAGCUAAGUAUUCUUGAUUGCCCCGUGCUGAUAUCGUCCUUGGUGCGUGAAGACGAAAUCGAUGACCAGGCAAACGGAAGAUGGCUUCUCCCGUGUUCACUUGGCAUACUGGAUAUCCAUUUCCUUUCCCUAGAAACGCUGCAGCCCUGCUUUCCGGGAGAUCUGACCCGCCUCAAAGUACUAGAAUUGUCGGGAAAUGAUGCAUUGAAAUCUCUACAGCUGCAUUCCUGCACAGCACUGGAAGAGCUGACAAUUCGACAUUGUGAAUCGCUAGACGCACUAGAGGGCUUCCAAUCCCUCCGCAGUCUUAGGUAUUUGAAAGUAUUCGAAUGCCCAGGCUUACCUCGGUGUUUGAAGAGUCUAUCAACGCAGGGUUAUGACCUGUUCCCUCGAUUGGAAAGGCUUCGGAUCGGCGACCCGUCUUUUCUUACCACGCCAUUCUGCAAGCACCUCACCUCUCUCCAAUGCCUAAAGCUCGUGGACGAAUAUGAAGAUAAUUACGGCGCGACAGGACUAACAUGCGAGCAAGAGGCAGCACUUCAGCUCCUCACGUCCCUGCAAGAGCUCCAAUUUUUUGGUUGCUGGGAACUCUCGGAUCUUCCUGUGGGUCUACAUAGCCUUCUCUCUCUCAAGCGGUUGGAGAUCAUUGAUUGCCGGAGUAUCUUAAGGUUCUCUGAUUCUGCACAGGGUUUUGUUUCACUUGUAAACCUUGUCCUCGUUGCUCAAGUGCUCAUGUUGCUGAAUGCAUAA